AUGAAAGAGAAACACCAGCAACAAGAAGAGCCGAAAGAAUUCCAGUCAGAUGUCAUCACUGUGACGACACUAGUAGACUCCUCCCCUCGUCAAGUUGCCACAGCAACUGCAGCUGGCCACGCCUACCAGCGAGAAUCCAGUGUGACCGUAAGUCCAGUCCACAAGGCUUCAGCCUCCUCUGUCUCGUUUCAUCAGGAGCCAGGCGGAGAGGGCGGGGCCUGGAUGAACCUGUCUGACCAGUUUCAGUCGACCAUGAAUAUCAUUGACUCGUUUUCGGCCACCAUGGAUGAGAACUUUGGAACGGAGCCACUGCAGACUGGAACCAAGACUGAGAGUGGAACAAAAUCUCGGAAUGAGACCAGAAGCAGUCCGAGAGCCACGCCCACUGCCACACCCACAACUCCUGACAAGAAGAAACAAGAAAAACAAGAUCUCAUCUCUCCCGAUCGUCGCAAGAAACUGGUGGAGCAAGCUGCGAAGAGGUUUCCAUUCAAAAGAGCUCAUACGUUUGACGUGGGAGUAAGCCACACCCCCAUCACCACCAGUCGGCCACGCCCACCCAACAAGCCGCACCCCUUCAUCAAGCCCCGCCCAGUCGAGAGCAAAGCGGGAGGGGCGGGACCUGGUCUCCAAGGCGAGGAAAGAUCGAAUGAUGAACGACGCUCUGGCUAA